AUGCAGCUGCUCCGAGAGAAGCUGGCUGUCAACAAGCAAGCUGGCCUUCAGCACCUUGAGAAGAUCAUCCUCAAGCGGGCAUUUUUUUACAAGUCGUGGAGCCCCAAGACGAAGCGUCCUCGUGACAAGGAGUCGUCCGACGAAGACGAGAAACCGUCGCACGAGGAGCAGCAAGGUGCGCGCGGGAAGAAGAAGCGCAAGUUCAAGCAGAAGGACAACAAGCCUCCAGUGCAACAAGAACGCAAGAACGAUGGAACGACCAAGGCGAUUGCCGUCAAGAAGGAUUGGAAGAGCGGUCGUCGUGGCGGAGGCGGCGACGGCAGCAAACAAGGCGGCAACGAAGGCAACGGGGGCGGUGACAAGAAGAAGACCAAGUUGAUGCGGGAAACCGCGGCGAAGACGCACCAAGAAGAGUUUGUCGCCAACGUUGCUGCUCGGCUCGUCACUUGGCUCGGCCCGUUCCAGAUUACGGAAGUGACGCCGUACUCGUGCGUCAUCCGUCAUUUCCUCUCGGGUAAAGAGCGCCAUGCACAUACGAGCCGCCUCAAGCCGUACGCCGAAGGCAGCUUUGAGCUCACGCAAGAGAUCCGCGAGCAUGUGUCCGAGCAGGGCGUGCUUUUGAAGAUCCGUGAGAUCAAGGCAGUACGGCUCAACCAAAGUGCCCGAGCGUGGGAGAUCCUCUGCCUAUGGGAAGGCCUGGAAGACAUCGAAGCAUCGUGGGAGCUGUUCUCGUCGAUCGCGACGGAUGCCCCUGCGGUUGCUCGACAGUUUGCGGAGCAAGUCGCAGACCCCCGAGCGCGGGAUGAAGAGCUCAAGCAACUAGAAGAACGGUCUGCAGCGUCGACACGACGAUGGUCGUGACGUGCGGACUACCAAGAGAAGCAACCUAGUACGUGAUCCCGGCGAUC